CAGAAAACAUAUAGCCUAAUCUAAUAACUAGUACUUAUCUUGUUAAACAAUAAAAUACUUAAAUAUCAUGACAUUUAAUGUUAUACCUAAGUCUUCAACUAUUACCAAUGCUGUAGCUACACAAGCUUCUUGGGGAAGGCCAUUUAAACGACUACGAACAACUGCGCCUAAGACACCUAAAAGUCAUGAGACGCCUAAAACAUCUGAUAUUCUUAAAAUCUCUGAGAUGUCAGAGAUACCCGAUUCAUCAACCAUGAUAUCUGAGACAUCCAUGAUUCCCGAGAUGUCUCAGACAUCCAAGAUGUCCGAGAUAUCGGACACAUUUAACAUGUCCGAGAUGUCCGAGGAGAUGUCUGACAUCUUACCAAUGAAUGAACUUCUUGGUGAUGUUCCUACUGAAUCAACAUCUAAUCCACCAAUAAAUGAGCUAACAAAUGGUUUAAAGCGAUCUUUGCCAGAUGGAGUAGACAAUGAUCGAGACAGUGAUAUGAAAAAAAAAAUCAGGCUAGUUGAUACAAGCGAAGAUGAACUUGAAGUUACUAGCAAAGAUGAUAGCGGAAAAGAUGAUAGUGAAAAAGAUCAUAUUGAAAUGUUGAUACAAAGAGUUGAUCAAAUUACUGAAUCUCUAGAAACUACAAUAGGUAUAGAAUCGAAUAUUUCCGAUGAUACACAUAAUCUUAACUGUGAAACAAAUCUAUCCUUAAAAAUGGUUAACCAUAAUGGUAACAGUGGUCUUGAUGAUAAACCUUGUAUGGAGGAUUCUUCUGAUAAAAAUACUUUAUGCACAGAUGUAAGUAAGGAUAUUGAGGAUAAACCAACUGAUACAAGCAAUAUUAAUAAUAAUUGUAAAUUUAUUGGAAACAGUGAAGAAACUGAAAAAAAUGGUAAAAAUAAAUUAGUUGAGAAGGAUAUAAUUACUAGUAAUGGUAUUUCUGAUUUGAAUAGAUCGUCCUCAUCAGAUAAUUUAGUUAUUGAUGAAAAUGAUGAUCAUGAAAAUGUAAAUUGUGUUGUUAAUGAUUCUCCGAUAGCAGAAAAAAUAUCUACAACAGUUAAUGAUUCAACUGUAACAGAACAUAAUUUAAAUAAUUCACAUUCUAAGAUAUCUAAUAUUAAAAACAUUGUGUACAGUAAAACAAAUGGUGUAGAACUUGUGCCAGUUAUAGAAAAUAGUAUACAAAGUGCAAUAAAAGGCACGGAAGAAACUAAAACUAUAGAAAGUGAUGAUAGUACUGAGUUUGAUGUUCCUACUAAUUGUAACAAUCAAGAUUUUGAAGUUAUUGAUUCUGAUUCCAGUUCUAAUAUUUCAUUAUCUGAUUUAACUGAUUUACCUGAUAAUAUCAAUAAUAUUAUUCAAGGAGUACGUCAGAUGUCCAAAGAAAGUUUUCCACACUUAUUACAAUUGUUUAGUACUAAAGAAUUGACUUAUGAUCAAUUUGACAGCUUAUGUACACAGAAAAUUAUUGAAAUGAUGACAGAAAGAUUAUAUUGGGGUAAAGAUCGUGCAGAACUACAGUUGUUGAAGGAGAGAGAAAAACAUUGGCGGUCAAAAUAUAUUUCCCUGAAUAGACAAGUUAAAGAGAUCAAGACUAUAAUAAAUCUUCAUAAACUAGACCUAAAAACCAAUGAACAUGCUAAACCACAUAUAAUUACAAGAACGGUUGGUUUGCAAGCAGUAUUAUUUCCAAAAAAGGAAGGUAGCGUGAAGUUACCAAAAUCAGCGAUUCCUAUGUCAAAACCUGAAGAUAAUCCAGUAAAUAUUAUUAGCGAUGAUGAAGAUGAUGUUAUAAUAGAAUCUGCUAAACCAUCAACUUCAAAAACUGAAAAUUCGACUCCGAAAAAGCAAAUAUAUCCUUCUAUUAAUAAAUCCAAAUCGCCUGUUGUAUCUCCUCCAAAAACUGUUCCUAUUGUUCCUGCUGCAAAGUCUUCGGAUCUCACCAACGACACUCUGACAAUAGAUCUAACAGGAAGUGAUGAUAUAACUGAUGCAUCAAAUGUGGAGGAACCAAUAUCACCUUUUAAAGUUCUCCAUCGCCAGAGUCCAGGGAUUCUACCAGCUCAAGUGGGUACUUCUAAUCGAACAGCUGUAUCAAAUAAAGAUACCAUAAGUCCAAAACCUACAAAUCUUAAGCCAUAUAUACUUGAAGUUUCACGUGUUGAUCCUGUACUGGUUCAGCCUUGUACUGUUGCAUAUACUACACAGCGUGUUCCAAUAUCUAACAUAUCUGGAACUUUACAACCAAUACCCACAGUGCCUUAUACACCACGCCAAAUAACGGUGUCUCAACUUUCUGCAUCAUUAAAACCAUUAACUUCUACAUCUUAUACAGCAUGCCAAUUACCGACAUCAUCACGUAUGUCUGGAUCAUUACCUCAGGCAUCUCCAGGAACAACUUUUACUGCAUGCCGAUUACCGAUAUCAAUACAUGCAAUACCUGCUAUUAAUGUAGGACCUCAACUAUCCAGACCACCACCGCCGCCUGCAAUACCAAUAUUGGAACAUCCUGCUCCACUACCCCCAGUUCCAAAUCAAAGGAGUCUUCCUUCAUGGAAAAAAUUACCUCCUGCACCUAAAGUGAGCCUUUCAAAAACAGUUGAAUCAUCACGCAUUCCUCAAGCAUUAGUUCUUUCGUGGAAUAUGACUAUGAAUAGAUUAAUUGCAGACGUAGUAAGUUAUCAAAUAUAUGCUUAUCAAGAGGUCCCUAAUCAACCACCUAAAGCUGAAUUGUGGAAGAAAAUUGGCGAUGUUAAUGCUCUUCCUUUACCCAUGGCUUGCUCACUUACUCAAUUUUCAAGUGGUGAAAAAUAUCAUUUUGCAGUAAGAGCUGUUGAUGUUUACUCACGUAUUGGGCCAUUUAGUUUACCACAAAGUACAACAUGAAUGAUUUUAAAUGUUUGAUAUUAGCAAGUUAAGUAUUAAUAUUCUAGCACAACGUUUCUUUUAUCAUGAGGUUAUUAUUUGGGUUAUAUCCAUGCUAAAUAACUUAAUAAUUAACCCUUACAAAUGGUUAUUAUUUUAUUUUAUUUUUUUUUAUCUUUGUGACCCAUUAAUAGUGAGAUAAUUUUUCUUUAAAAUUCUUUAUUUUUGUAUAUAAAAUAAAAAAAAUAUUACAAUUUUUUUUUUUUAUUGUUUAAAUAAAUCAAAAUAAUAUAAUUUGACUUCCACUAUUAUAAUAAUUGAAUUAUUUUAAUUUAAAAAUUCACAGUAAAUACAAAUUGUACAUUCAAUUGUACUGAUGUUUUUAUAUGUAUAUAUUAUUAUUCUAAUUUAAGAUAAUUUAAAUAUUUUUUGAGUAUCAACUAUAUUAAAAAAUAAAUUGAUAAAUAGACUACAAAUAUUUUAAAAUUUAUCCACUGUUUUAUAACAGCUUAAGUUGUUGUACAAAAUAAAUAUGAAAAACUAUUGAGUGUUUUACAGUGUUAUUUUUUUAUAAUAUAUUGUUAUGAAUUAAUGAUGAUUUGUUAUUGAAAAAACACCCAUUUUUUUUUAUUACCUAAGCAAGUAAAACAUUGUGUAUGUGUAAUUCUAUUGAAUAGCUAUUAAAUUUAUUAUUGAUUAUGGAAUAUGUUAUUCAUUAUCAUGAUUGGUCAUUUAUUGUUACAUUAACGUGCAGACAUUUUUUUAUUUCAUAAACUAAAGCUAUUUGUUUAGAGGAUUACUUUUAACACAAGCAUAUUUUUAUUCUUUUCAAUUAGUUUCUGAUUUUUAAAUUAUACACUAUUGUUUUUUACUUAACUGAAUAAAUGUUUGUAUUUAUAUGCCACU